AUGGGUCAACGAAGUAUUGUCUUUGAUGAGAUAGCCACAUUGGCUGAUCAAAGGAUUCUACUGAUUGAUGGAGCUAUGGGAACAAUGAUCCAGCGAGAACAUCUUGAAGAAAAUGACUUCAGAGGGGAAGUUCUCAAAAAUCAUCCUAAGCCAUUGAAAGGAAAUAAUGAUUUGCUAUCCAUCACUAGACCGGAUAUUAUCUAUAAGGUGAGUAAAUUAACAGAAUUUCUUUCUCUUUCAUAUCGUCACACUUUCUCUUUUGUAAAGGAUUAG